AUGGCAGCGUCUUUGGUUGUGGAGCGCACUCAAGGCGGUUUGCUGUUUCUUACUGUGAAGCCGGCCGUCGCUCUUGAGGUCCUCCAGGAGGCGCUGCGAGCAUUUGGGCUUGUCCACGCGAUUACAGAAGAUCUCUUCGACGCCUACUGUGCAAUUAGCGGAUCAAGUAAUCGACACUUAACGCCCAUCCCAGCAAAGAUGGAGCCACCGUCAGCGGCAAUUAUCCAUCCUCAGCCCAGCUGGUUGUUGGAUUUCUGUGCAGGAAUUUGGCUGCGCGGUUUGCCCCGCCAGUUGGCGACAGAAGCUGCCCUGCAGUCUGUACGCGGCACGGCAACACUUGUACAGAUGAAGGAGAUUCAUCCAGCACUGCUUCGUGAUGAUAUUACGUCCCCUGGGGGUACAACAAUUGCGGGAGUUUUAGCAAUGGAACGUAGAGCCUUCAGAGCGGCGGUGGCUGAUGCAGUGGAGGCAACAUGCGAGCGAUCCAAGGAAAUAAAGGCGUCUUUGUCAGAGUGUUCAUAA